GCAUGGUGUCAGAAAGGGUUGAAAUUGCUAUUUUUAAAUGACAGAGUCUCACAAGAUAUUCACAGCUAUGCAGGUGAGUCUGAUGAAGUGUUGAGUUCAAACCACUACCAAAUUAAUACCAAUAGCACAUAUUGUUAAAGGGAAAAUGCUUGCAUUUUCUAUCUGGAGCAGAAAAAGUAAAGUGGACGACCAAAGGUAAGCCAAGCUCAUCUUUCUUUUUCUAGCUUUUCCUUUGAAUUCCAGUUUCUUGGUGGAGACACUGCAAGGUAUGGCAUUGCCAACACCUCUGACACUGUAAAGAAUUUUACAGGAAUAAGCAGUGUUUCACUUAAAACAUAUAUGAAGCAUGGGAAAAUCAGGAGAGUAAGAAUUUACAGUAAACCUUACAGAUGUUUCUUUAUUCUACAACAAUUAUGUGUUAAUCUAUGUGAUAAGGAUUACCCUAACUAUACUGGCAUUUGAGAGGUUUCCUCAGUGAAGGUAUGUGCUUUGGAUGACGCUUUGAAUGCUGCCCUUCACCUGCCUCUUCGUGCUGCCCAAGGGUAAUUUCUAUGUACCUCCCAUUGGGUUUGAUGCUUAUAUGACCUAUCAGGAACUGUGAGGCCACCUCCUUUUUAGAUGAAAGCAUUUUUCAGUUGAAUAUAGCCUCAGAUUAUUAAUUUUGGGAUGACUCAGAGCAGCUUUGGAGGCAGCUCUUUUUGUGACCUCCCCAUGUGAUCAAAGGCAGGUAAAAAUACCACAUCAUCAUUUCUUCUGAAUGAGCUCAGCCACUCUUAAUCGAUUUCAUGCUCUCCUCUCCUUUUUAUUAAAACUAUUUUUUUUUUCCAAAUGUCAGGAUCAAAAAUUCAUCAGAAUGGGACCAAGUUCUGUGGCAUACAGCUGCUGGAUGUUUUUUUACUAUUUUAAGCAGUAGUUAGCCCUAGUGCUUAUAGUUCAAUAUUUUUUUUUUCUGUAAAGUGUAUUUUUGAUUUUAGCAGAAGUACUUUUUUUCAUGAUGCUUCUUUUUUUUUUUUUAAAAAAAGUCAUGAGAUUAGUAUCUAGUAGGUUUUUUUUAAAGGAAAGUAGGUGGGGUCAGGAUGUACUGGUGUUUUACCUUGCUUCACAGCAGAGCUAGGAGCACUGCUGGGGUAUCUACAGGCACAGCUGAUGAAGGAAGGUUUGCAUUUUCAUGUGAAUAUAAGCAGAAAACCAGAUAUGAUUCUUUCAACCUAUCACACCAUCCAGUCUGUCUUCUGCUGCUGUUGCUGCUGCACAGUGCAAAAACGAGCAAUGAGAACAAAGGUAAAUGUGGACCCUGAUACUGACCUGGACACCCAGUACUCAGCCUCUCAAUCAGAGGAUUCCUAUGCACCUACUUGGAAGUGUAGGAAAAAGAAAUUGCACGUAAAGAACAAGCCAUUGCCUCCUCUACCUGCUGAGGCUUUAGAAGACUAUGCAAAAAACCUCAAAGUUAUUGCACUGUAUGACUUUUUUGCUAGAGGACCCUCUGAUUUAACACUCAAGCAGUCAGAAGAAUACAUUAUCCUUGAACAGUACGAUCCCCACUGGUGGAAGGCAAGAGACCAGUAUGGGAAUGAAGGUCUAAUUCCUAGCAACUAUGUUACUGAGAACACAAAAAGUAAUUUAGAAACAUAUGAGUGGUACUGCAAAAACAUCAACAGGAGCCAGGCAGAACUACUCUUGCGACAGAAGUCCAAAGAAGGCUCAUUUGUUGUCAGAGAUUCAAGCCAACAGGGAAUCCUUAUACUGUCUGUCUACUCACAGUCUAAAGGAAGUCAUAGUGGAGACAUUCGACAUUAUCAAAUUAAGAAAAAACACUUGAAACAGUAUUAUGUAGCAGAAAAAUAUCUCUUCUCCUCUAUUCCUGAGCUCAUUCAAUAUCAUCAACACAAUGCUGCAGGUCUUAUCACUCGUCUCCGACAUCCAGUCAGAUCAGCUGGAUGUCAUUCACCAGCAACAGCAGGAUUUAGUUAUGAGGAGUGGGAAUUGAAUCCCUCAGAACUGACGUUUAUGAAAGAGCUUGGGCGUGGGCAGUUUGGAAUCGUUCAUCUGGGUAAAUGGAAAGCAACCAUCAAGGUUGCCAUCAAAAAAAUCAAUGAAGGUGCGAUGUCUGAAGACGAUUUCAUGGAGGAGGCCAAAGUGAUGAUGAAACUAUCCCACCCAAAACUGGUCCAGCUGUACGGGGUGUGCACUCGCCAGACGCCUCUCUAUGUGGUGACUGAAUUCCUGGAGAAUGGCUGCUUGCUCAACUACCUGCGGCAGCGGCGGGGGAAGUUCAACAGAGACAUGCUGCUGGGCAUAUGCCUGGAUGUGUGUGAAGGGAUGGAGUAUCUGGAGAGAAAUAACUUUAUUCACCGUGAUUUAGCUGCAAGGAACUGUUUAGUCAAUGCUGAGCACACAGUUAAAGUAUCCGACUUUGGCAUGGCAAGGUAUGUUAUUGAUGAUGAAUACAUCAGCUCUUCAGGUGCCAAGUUUCCAAUCAAGUGGUCAUCUCCUGAGGUCUUCCAUUUCAAAAAGUACAGCAGUAAAUCUGACGUCUGGUCAUUUGGUGUACUGAUGUGGGAAGUUUUCACAGAAGGAAAAAUGCCUUUUGAAAGCAAAUCAAAUUAUGAAGUUGUCCGUGAGAUUUCUGCAGGUAACCGACUUUAUCGACCACAUUUGGCAUCGCACACUGUGUACAAAGUCAUGUACAGCUGCUGGCAUGAGAAGCCUGAAGGACGUCCUGCUUUUGCGGAGUUGGUAGAAACCCUCACAGAUAUAAUGGAGAUGGGAUAAUCAGGAGUUUUACGUAGGUGUAUUUACUGAAGAGUCAGCAUUGAGCCUGCCAAUGUAGCUUACACAGAAAACCUCAGCCUUUGAGAGCAGUCUCUACUUAAGCUCUGGUAGCAGCUUCCCACAUGUUGAAGCUGUUUGGGCUUGGCCUAAUUUGGGAAAGAUACCCGAAGAGGCUGGAUUACUGCAUUUGUACUCUCAAGCCUUUAUUUCCAUGAAAAAUCUCCUGUCUGGAAAGAAAUAACCAAAUUUACUUACCACAUGAGCUCUUUUAUUUAUUCUUUUUGUGGACGCUACACUAAUUCCUGUAACAAUAUUGAUAAGAAAUGGUUUGUUAUUUAAUGUGGCUUAUGCACAGGGAAAUAGUGAUUAGCAGCAGCAAAAGUGGUGGAAAGAACCUGUGAAAAAGCUCCGGAGAAGCCAUGUCUAAAGGCAGGACCUUUUGCACUGCAAAGCACCAAAGGAAUGGAGCAGUUUCAGAGGUAACUCAGCUGCUGGGGCAGCAUGCAGGGAUACACUGCACUGCACACUGCUGGGGAUCCAGGCACGCAGACGAGGCAGAGGCAGCAGUUGUCAUUUGGUGGCUCCAGACCCUCAUCCAAACAACUGGAAGGGCUCAGCACCUCAGAAGAAUUUUAGUCCUGCUUACAGGUAAAAGGCUAAUUUUGGGUGAAACAGAGAGAACAAGUAAAGAUUAUUUUAUUCAAGCCUUUCCCUGAACUUUUCAUUGUCUUCCAUUCCUUGCUUGCUGCAGCAUACUCAAAUGCCCAUGCUUCUCUUAGUCCUCCUCCUGCAAGUGCCAAGAAUGGUGAAUGGACAAGGAAGAGCUGGAAGCUGGCCAUAAAACAAAGUGGUUUGUGUUAGUUUAGCUCAAAUAGAGUCUGUGAGACCUGACUUGCACUGUAUCUGCAACUGUACCUGUUAGAUAAUAGUUCACUUCUACUUCUUAAUUUUGGUCAAUACAAAUGUAUUACAGAAAAGGCAGUGAAGUUGGUGAUUUUUCAAUACAAAAAACAGAUCAUGAUAAAUAAACAGUAUUUUAAAAAUGUGA